UUGACGGAGGAGAGUUAACGGGCCAGAGGAGCAGCGGUGACCGAGGAGAGAGCUUCAUUCUGGGCCAGAGAGAGAACAUGAGGUCGCUGUGGUUCACAUGGGUUUGUGUGGUGCACAGCUCGGACCUGUUGUCUCACGUGGAGCGGUACGAGGUGGUCCGACCCCAGAGGCUGCGGGGGGGGCCGAGGAGCAGCCUGGAGGAGGAGCAGCUUUAUCCCGACACGGUGCAGUACGAGUUGGCCAUUGAAGGGAGGACCCACACUAUUCAUCUGGAAAAAAACAGUAAUCUCAUCGGGAGAGGCUUCACUGAAACUCACUACUCAGGAGACGGGAGACGAGUCACGACGUCCCCGAGUGAGGAGCUGUGUUACUAUCACGGUCACAUCGCAGGUGAGGCGGACUCGUCGGUCAGUGUCGGGAUCUGUUCUGGAAUCAGCGGCUUCGUCCGAGCCCGGCAGCAGGUUUACCUGAUCGAGCCUCUGGGACAGUCUGAGGACGGAGACCAUGCCGUUUACAGACAUGAACACCUGAAGAUCAGUGACAGCUCCACGUCGAACCCCAGCAUGAUGUACGACCAUGACCAGAACCAGAACCAGAACCAGGACCAGGGGCCUCGCCUUGCUGGUCUCUUCAGGUCCAGACCCUUUAAAACGAACCCUGUCCCUCAGAGGUUUGUCGAGUUGUUUGUGGUCGUCGACAACACUGAGUACAAACGAUAUGGAAGUGGGACAAAGUCCCGUGUUCUCGGGGCAAUAAAUCAUGUUGACAAGCUGUAUCGAGCUCUGAACAUCCGUGUCAUGCUGGUGGGCCUGGAGAUCUGGACGCACAGAGACCAAAUCCGUGUUGAAGAAAACUCAGAGACGACUCUGGACAACUUCCUGAUGUGGCGGCAGGCCGACCUCCUGCGGAGGACGCAGCACGACAACGCCCAGUUUGUGACCGGCAGAGACUUGGAAAACAACACGGUGGGGCUGGCUAACAAGUUCGCUAUGUGCACCGGGAACUCCGGAGGAAUCAACCAGGAUCACCAUGACAACCCGAUCGGCCUCGCCUCCACCAUCGCUCACGAGAUGGGACAUAACUUCGGUUUGUCCCAUGACGCCCCCGGCUGCAUGUGUCUUCCGUUCUACAGCAGCGACAACUGUGUGAUGGCCGACAAGCUCAGGACAGGAGGCCAAGCGUUCCCGGAGUUUUUCAGCAGCUGCAGCGUGCAGCAGCUCGCUGAUUUCCUGGAGCGAGCUCAGCCCGGCUGCCUGGACAGACCCCGACCCGGCAAGACCAUCGCUGUGGGCCCUCGCUGUGGCAACGCCCUGCUGGACCCUGGAGAAGAGUGUGACUGUGGCACUGUGGAGGAAUGCAAGAACCCCUGUUGUGAUGCCUCGACUUGUCGUCUGACGGAAGGAUCCCAGUGUGCUCAUGGCCCGUGCUGCGAUAACUGCCAGUUCCAACCUGCCGGAGGUGUGUGCAGGAAGUCGGCCGGCGACUGCGACCUGCCUGAAUACUGCACCGGCCUCUCGGGGGAGUGUCCCGAGGACAGUUUCGAGAUGAACGGCAAACCCUGCUACGACCAGACGCAGGGCUACUGCCACGACGGCCAGUGUCCCACACAAGAGCAGCACUGCUGGAGGCUGUUUGGACCCGGGGCCAGAGUUGGACCAGAUUUGUGUUUCGACCUGAACAAACGAGGCGAGAAAGGUGCAAACUGUGGGAAAACCAAGUUGGGCUACAUCCCCUGCACGGCGCAGAAUUACAAGUGUGGGUCUAUAUUUUGUCAAGGGGGGGGCGAGUCCAUCACUGGUAAGAUGGCAGCGUACACUGUGCGUGGCAUAAAGUGCAACGUGGUGGAGGAUGACAACACCAGGAACAUUGACAUGGUGCCUAAAGGAACCAGCUGUGGACCAAAUAAGGUUUGCCUCGACCACAGAUGUGUGGACAUAUCAGUUUAUGGGAAAAAGGAGGAAUGUUCAAAGAAAUGCAACAAUCACGGGGUGUGUAAUCACAAGAGCGAGUGCCAGUGCGUUCCCGGCUGGGCUCCGCCUCACUGCGAUGUCCUGUACGCAGAUUUACCUCAAGGUCAGAAGGGAAUAAUAAUUGGCGUGUGUGUCGCUCUCGCCGUCCUGCUGCUGAUCGCCGUGGUGAUAACGGGAGUGAUGUGCUGUAAAAAGGACAACAUGGACAACUUCAUCUCGAAAAGGAAAGUGCAUUCGGCCCCAGGCAAGUUGAACCCGAUGUUCCAGGGAGCAGACGUUAAAGAAAGACCUCAGAUCAGUCAGCCUACUCUCAUGGGGUCAACGGCGGCACAAGCCUGUGCUCCUCUGAUCGUCCACGUGACCCCCAGCAGACCAGCUCCGCAGCCGCCACAGAACGAGUCUCUGGUGUCGUCUACCUCACAAACCGAGCAGACAAAACCUCAACCUCCAGCAAAACCUCAGCCGCCUCUGAAUAAACCACAGUAUAAGGCAGCCAGACCAAAUCCUCCUCCUGUACCUCCAGCCAAGCCCUGUCCUCCUGCAGCAGCCAGAGUCAAGCCGUGCACUCCUCCACCCCCCCCAGCGAAGCCCCAGGUCCACAGACCCACAUGACGUAUGAGUAAGAGAGCGCUGCUUGUUGGGAUCGGACCGAGUCACCGAGUUCAGAGAGGUUUACACUUUCAGGCCUUGAGAUGUUGACUCGGAGCGUCUGAUCCCAUCCGACCCUCAGCUUCACAGCUGCUGUGGGGAAAGUGUUAUCGUUCAGAAAGUUACAAUCAGCUGCUGCAGCUGUAAUUGUUGUGUUUGUAAAAAAAACAAACAUCCUUUUGUUGUAAGUGUUACAUUAAAUUAUCUUUUAUUAGUGUGAGGAAAGUUGUUUCUGUUCUAGAGACAAUAGAGCGUGAGCGUCGGCAGCAACGAGCCGAGAACGGGUUCGAACCAUCGACGGCAGAUUGACGACACAGCACUUCCCACAAGGGAAGCCAAAGUAUUUAUCGCCCCCUGGUGGCUGGCUGCACUACAGGUCGUAAACCCCGCCUUUAUGACGUGUCGUCCAUCUUUAUUUAUUCUAUGGUUCGUACCUUUGUGCCUUAGCUGCGGUUUGGACUCAGCCUCGUUAGUCACUAUUAUAAAAAAUACAGUUUGAAUAUUUAACUAAUGUUUGCAAAACAGCCUGUGUGAGAAUUAUCAGAGAGAUCGAACAGAGAUACCGAACCGAGGCUAAACCACAUGUUUCCGCUGCCCAAAGAUUUGAGAAUUAAACAAGUUUCACCCUGAUCAGCCACCACAGGUACGGAAAAUAACAGAAAGUACAAAACCAGUGUUGAAUCCCAUCGGUUCAGAAACAGGCCACCGCUACACACCAGUUGCUGUUCUGUUCUGAGCCGAGGGGCCGGGUCCAUUGAACGGUUCCACGAGGCUGAGUUCCCCCCCGGUGCUUUUUGUACAGUCCCUAAAUCGUCCGAAGCCAAUCUGCACUGAGAGGUUAAUUUGAAUUCUCUCUCCAUUUGACUUGAAAACCUGUGAACGGUACUUUCAGCACGGAGGCUCUGCACAGACCUGUGUGUGUGUGUGUGUGUGUGUUGCUGUGAUUCAGCUUGAAACAUUUACAUGCUCCUGUUUGUUUUCAGCCCCUGAGGAGAAAUCUCGUUUUUUUACUGCACUGAUAUUUUUUCUAGGGCAACAGUCAUGUGGUUUUUCACUUUGAAGCAGAAAUUGCAAAUGAGUGUUUUAUCACAAUGAUCCCGAUUCUCCUUCUUCCUUUGAUCACAUAUGAUGAAUUGAAUGUAAAAACGUAUGAAAGGUCUUUCCUUGCAACAAAGUAAAGUUGCACUUUAUUACAAAAGUAUGUUGCGUUUUUCAUUUAGUGGAUUAAAUAAUGAUUAAAAUGUACAUUUUUCACGA